AUGAGUUCGGUCGGCAUCGUCAUUGUCGCCGCGGGGCGCGGCCGCCGGCUGGGCGCCGAGAUGCCCAAGCAGUAUAUCGAACUGGCCGGCGCCUGUUCGCUGAGGCGCGUCGCCGAGACGUUCCUUGGCCUGGAGCGGACCAGUUUCAUCGUGCCGGUCAUCCAUCCCGGAGACGCGGAGUUUUGCGCUGCGGCGCUGGCGGGAUUGGACGAUGCGCGCCUGUUGCCGGCUGUCGAUGGCGGUGAAACCCGUGCCCAAUCCGUCCGGCGCGGCCUUGAGGCGCUCGAGGCACACAAUCCGGACCUGGUGCUCAUUCACGACGCAGCGCGCCCGUUUGUGCCAGUAUCCGUGAUCGAGGAUGUGAUUGCCGCCCUCGGCUUCAGCGAUGGCGCACUGGCCGCCUUGCCGGUCGUCGAUGCGCUCUGGAAGGAGGAGGGCGGCGGUGCGGGCGAACCGGUCGCGCGCACGGGUCUUUGGCGGGCUCAGACGCCGCAGGGGUUCGAUUUCGCCAAGAUCCUUGCCGCCCAUCGAGCCCAUGACGGCACGGGCGCCGACGAUGUCGCCGUUGCGCGUGAGGCCGGCAUCGCGGUUCGGCUGGUUCCGGGUUCGGAACAAAACUACAAGAUCACGACCGCCGACGAUCUCGACCGCGCGCUGGCCGAUGUCCAUGGGUUCGAUGCGCACAGGGCCGAUGCUUCGCCCGAAGACGAUACCGUCAUCAUAUUGCCUGGCGGGCGAUCCCAAAGGGGUUGA